AUGGAAGCGCAUCCCGGCCCCCGGCCCACCGCCCACAGCGUCACGCUGCCCUCCAUCAAAAGCCUUCUCAACUCCAUCGACGCCGAGCCCGUGGCGCCGGGUAACCCCGAGCCCGCGUUCUCUGCGGGCCUCGCGCUGACGCCGGGCCCGGCCCCCACGCCGCUGGCCCAGCACCCGCCCGUCCGCCAGCCCGGCGCCGCCCAGCAAGCGCAGCUCCCCGCCGCCCAGCAAGCGCAGCUCCCCGCCGCCCAGCAAGCGCAGCUCCCCGCCGCCCAGCAAGCGCAGCUCCCCGCCGCCCACGCAGCGGCUCCGCCGCUGCGCGCCCAGCCGGCGCUGCCGGCCCACGCGCCCGCCCAGUGGGGCUACCCUCGAUACCACCCGUACGUUACCGCGGUCCACUACGAUCCGCAGUUUCGCGUCCCCGCUACUGCCGGCAGUAGCGCCGCGACGGAAUACGACAAGCACGCAGCCCGCCCCUCCAAGAAGGACGGCGGGUCGUCCCGUAGAACCAACUUACCAAAGGAAACCGUCGAUAUACUGAAUAACUGGCUGCUCUCGCACCUGAAUAACCCCUACCCGACGCCGCAAGAAAAACGCGAGUUGCUCAUCAAAACUGGCCUCAGUAAGGUCCAAUUGAGCAACUGGUUCAUCAACGUGCGUCGCAGAAAGAUCUUCAGCGACUACUACCAGCUGUCGCGCUCGGUGCGCCCCGCCGAGGCGGAGGACGGCUCGGACCCCGAGCUCGAAAAAAGGUUUGCGGCAAUCCCGCUCACGAGGAGGAAAAAACUGAUAGACCGCCUCGAGGAGCUCAAAAAGCUUUCGCAAGAUUAG